ACCCCUUUUCUGUCAGAUUUUACUUCACUUCUCUCAAAGCCUAACAAAUACUCUUAAAUUCUCUCAUCCCUAAUUUUCCAAUAGGUUGCUUAUUUCAAAAGUUGUGAAUAAAUUUCCGAGACUAUUUCACAUAUUUUGGCUCAUCGCCAUUUCGUGUUCUCUUUGUUUCAUCUAAUUUGAAGAACUAGUCGAUCGCCCCAUACUAGGAAAGAUCAUCAUUCAGUUUUAUAGAAGAAAGAUUUUGAUUUGUGAUUUUUCGUUUGAAUUCAUCUUUUGAAAAUGAGGGAGAGGAAAAAGAAAUCGGGAGGGUGUUGGGGUUGGUUCUUGUUGUUAAUAGUAUUAGGAGGCAUCGCAUUCGCAGUUUUUGUAGUUUUGAGGAACUCAAAAUCCAGCUCCGUUUUCGGCUCUACCUUUUCCGUUUCAAAGAAAUAUGCCGACGCUCUCAAAAUCGCAUUGCAGUUUUUGGACGUACAAAAAUCCGGGAAGUUGGAGGACAAUAAGAUAUCUUGGAGAGGGGAUUCAGCUCUGAAAGACGGAAGCGAGGCCAAGUUGAAUCUAUCCAUGGGGAUGUACGACGCCGGCGAUCAUAUCAAGUUCGGCUUUCCGAUGGCCUUCACCGCCACCGUGCUAUCAUGGGCCAUCCUCGAAUACGGCGCCCAAAUGAAGCUCCUCGAUCAGCUGGAACCUGCUCAAAAUUCCCUCAAAUGGAUCACCGAUUUCCUCAUCAAUGCCCACCCUGCCGAUAAUCUCCUCUACAUCCAGGUGGGCGAUCCUAAGCUGGAUCACAGUUGUUGGAACAAACCCGAGGAUAUGACAGAGCCCAGGCCUCUCACCAUGGUGAACGCCUCCGCUCCGGGCACCGAGGUGGCAGCAGAGACGGCGGCGGCUCUCGCGUCGGCGUCGCUGGUUUAUAAGAGCGUCGACAGCGUGUAUUCUAGUUUGCUUCUGAAGCAUGCGCGUCAAUUGUUUGCAUUUGCUGACAAGUAUAGGAUGUCGUAUAGCAUCAGCAUUCCUCAAGUGGGAACCUACUACAACUCCACCGGCUACGGGGAUGAGCUCCUGUGGGCUGCCGCCUGGCUCUACCACGCCACCGCGGAGCAGCCGUAUAUGGACUUUCUGACGGGGAAGAACGCCGAUGAGUUCGGCGACUGGGGGAAUCCGACGUGGUUUAGCUGGGAUAACAAGCUCCCUGGAGCUCAGGUGCUGAUAUCCCGAAUCAGCUUCGUGGGAGGGAAAGGGAAAGACGUGUCCAUCAUCCAGAAAUAUCGGGACUCGGCAGAAGCUGUCAUGUGCGGCCUUUUACCGGAAUCGCCAUCCGCCACCUCCAGUAGAACUGACAGUGGUCUGAUAUGGGUAAGCGAAUGGAACGCAUUGCAGCACCCCGUGGCAUCGGCGUUUCUAGCAGUCGUGUACAGCGACUACAUGCACGCUGCGCAGGCGGCUUCUCUGUCGUGCGACGGCAGCAGCUUCACGGCGGGGGAUCUUCGCGAGUUCGCGGUGACGCAGGUUGAAUACGUGCUGGGGAAUAACCCGAUGGAGAUGAGCUACGUGGUGGGGUACGGGGUGAAGUACCCGGAAUACGUGCAUCACAGGGGAGCGUCGAUUCCGGAGGAGGAGUCGCCGAGGUGCAAGGAGGGUUUCAAGUGGCUCGACUCCGAUGAGCCCAACCCCAACGUGGCCGUUGGGGCGCUCGUGGGCGGGCCCUUUCUCAAUGAAACGUACGUCGACGCCAGAAACAACUCCAUGCAGGGCGAGCCAACCACCUACAACUCUGCUCUCAUCGUUGCUCUUCUCUCUUCCUUGCUCACCUCCCCAUCUUCUGUUACACCUUUUGCAUGACCUUUUCUUGCUUUAUAUAUUUUGCUAAGACUACUUCCAAUACACUUUUAAAUGUGAUGGGAGAUUAAUUUGCAGCUCCACAUAUUUGGCAUUUCUUGCUUUAUUCAUUUUUCUGCUAGCAUAGCAAAAAAUCAAGAUGAAGUUGCUUAAAUCAAAAUGAUCCUAACACGUUUCAGAUGCGCAAGAA